CAUUUUCCUUCCCGAGGAACAGCAAACGACCUGACAGCUUUGAACAGCGCUCUAUUUGCCGAAAUGGCAGUGUAAACGUGUGCCGCGUCCCAGCCGCCGCCAACAAAACAGUGCUCCAACGAGUGCACUGAGUCAUUUCUAAUUCAGCAAACAUGUCGUCCUUUUUGGAAACCCUCACCACUGCUGCAUUCGACAGCAUAAAAGAGUUCAAAACUUGCCUCUCAUCGUCACGCACUCCUUUUGUGACCAACAACAGCCACUAUGACCAUGAUGAUGACAAACUCACAGUUUGGCCUGGAAGACAUGGAGGCCCUUCUCUGGGGACCUUCCUCUCCCAUGGCUGACGCCAUGAGCUUCCUAUCACCACGCCCUGACCAAGAAGAACAACAGAAAGGAGGAGGAACCUCAUUGGAGGGAGACACUUCACCUGUGUCGCCCCUCACCUCCUCAUCGCUGUCCUCUUCCUCCUCUCCUCCUCCCUUCUACUCUCCUCCUCCCUCGCCACCGGCUGUCCUCCAGGGGGACAAAGCUGGGAUGGAGUCUGACCUGCUCUCCCUCCCCUGGUUGGGCCAACUUGGUCAGCUGAGACAGACCGUCUCAGAUGACAGUAAAGAGGUUAUGUUCGGUGACCUGGAAUGGAUGGCCGAAAGGGUGGAUCUGAGUGAGUUUGACCUGGACGAUCUGAUUGGCUCCUGCAGUCCUACUGAAGAGACCCCCAGCUCUCCAGAAGACCUCCUAGCCUCCCUGGACUGCCCCAUGGAGCUUGACUCCCUCCCAAUGCCCACUCUCGCAACUCCUGUGAUCUCAAGUCUUCCCCCUGCUUCUCCUCCAAGUAUCCGUCCCCCUACCCCUCCCAUUGUCAGUCUAGAUCCGUCUGUCAUUACAGUUGACGAGCCUGAAUCCUACAUUGAUGACCAGGAUGUUCCCAUGUGUGUCCCGGAGCCACAACAAGAGCUGGAAAUCAAAUCCGAGCCUGCCUCUCCCGACCCGCCUUCCCCCUUGGUUGAGUCUCCCUCCUCCCCCACCUACACCCUGGACCUGGGCAGUGAAGUGGACGUCUCAGAGAGCGAGGUGAAGCCGGUGGUCGCUCCAGUGGUUGCUCCGGUUGUCUCUGCGGUCCCGAGGCUUGUGCUCUCCCUUUCCCCGACCCGCAUCGUCCUCGUGCUGGCUCCCAAAAAUGAAAUCGGGAUCACCACCACUGUAACCACCACACCUCAGAUUCACCCCUCUCCUCCUGCCUCUCCUCCUCCAAAGCCCUCCAGAAGCAGACCAUACCCCGAGCCCACAUAUAAAGCUAGUCCACCAUCUCCCAGUGCCACCAGUGUCAAAGUCAAGAGAGAUGAGAGGGAAACGAUGAAGGCACCAAAGGCCAAGAAACUGAAGAAGAUGGAGCAGAAUAAGACGGCCGCCACUCGUUACAGGCAGAAGAAGAGAACGGAGCAGGAGUCCCUUGUCACCGAGCACACACUGCUGGAGAGGAAGAACAUGGAGCUGAAGGAGAAGGCUGAGUCCAUGGCCAGGGAAAUCGAGUACCUCAAAGAGCUAAUGGAGGAGGUCCGCCAGGCUAGGACCAAAAAAUAGCUUUGCUGACCCCUAGUGGGCAAACCUAACAAUGACAAAUGUGUUUGAGAAAGUCUUUCAUGCUAACGAGUAUCCUUAAAGCAUGUGUUCUGUCCACACAGCAUGACUUGGAUCCACAAUCCAGUAAAAAUGAUGUUUUUAAAUAUCCAACACUGGUAUUAAAUAUAGAAUGCUUUUGUCACAUUUAAAGUAGUUAUAUGGGAACAAGUAUUUUCCAUUCAGUAUAUAAACUUGUGUGUUUUUUGUAACUUAUCUAAAUGUUUCCUAUUUUUGGACCUCACAUACCUGCCAGUAGAUGUAUUUUAAAAACUGUGUAUUAUAUAGUAUAACCUGAUCAUAUGUAUUAUGAAUCUCUUAAUAAAGAGUCUUAAACUA